AUGGCUUUCGUCACACCCGUAGCUGCUCGAGGGCUGGCAACAGCAGCGUCUAGGCGCGGGGCGUCUGCGCCUGCGACAUGCCCGACAAAAACGCGACGAGUUGUUACUAUGAAGAAAGUGCGGAAGGGCAGCGGAGACGACAGCAGUAACGCUGUCGACGUUUUCGGAGGCAUUGGUGUUUCCCAGGAGCAGCUUCUCGCAGAAGCUUUGGGGGAACCAGAGGCGCCUUCCCAGAUUCCUGCACCGAACGAGAAGAAACAGAAGAAGGGAAAGAAGGCGGGCAUCCAAAAAACUGGAGACAACGCUGUGGAUGUCUUCGGGGGCGCUGCCAUGAGUCAGGAUGAAUUGUUGCCAAGCGCACUUGGGGAAGAUGCAACAGCAUUGACAGUCACACCGACCCCGAAGAAGAAAACGAAGAAGGGAAAGAAGGGUACGGUAAGGGAUGAGAGUAAUGCAGUUGACGUGUUUGGGGGCGCCAAUUUGUCUCAAGAUGAAUUGCUGGCAGACGCAUUAGGAGAGAAUGAACCAAUUCCCCAACUUCGUCGAAAAGGAAGGAAGGGGAAGAAGAGCGUCGAUUUCAAUGCUGCUGAUGUCAAUGGCUCUGCUGGAAAUGGCGUUUCCGAGGACGUAUUAUCUCAUCCUGACGAUCAAACAGUUUUAGAUGGUGGCAAGAAUGACACUAAGGAAGCUGAGGAGCGCAUCACUGAUAUUGGCAGAACAGGCGAAAUUGCAGCUGAGACCCAGUUGGUCGGUGAAACGAAGAGUCAAAAUCCUGGUCCCUAUGCAGAGAUAGCUGACGACGAGAAAGAACAGGGAGACUGUUCAACUGAUGCAAUCGCAACAGCCGAUGCUGUGGAAGACGAAGAGGUGGACGAGGAUUUUGAGCCUGACAAUGAUGUUGUGAGCGAGUUUGAAGAGGCAACAAAGGAGUUCGACAAAUUUACGCGUCAAGGGCGCCGGCGGUCAUUGAAAUUGAAGCGAGGUGAGCGCAAUGCGGUUGAAGGGCGAUUAGCAGAUCCGAAGAGAGCGAAUUUUGGUUCUGGUGGCGAAAAAUUCACAUCCAUAAGACUGGAGGAUGUCACUAUGACUUUCCGAAAUACAACUAUUCUCAAUGGCGUGACUUGGGGUGUGAAGACCGGGGAGCGGGUUGGAUUAAUUGGAGAGAACGGGUGUGGAAAGACUACUCAAUUGCGCAUGAUCGCUGGGCUCAUGCCGCCAACGUCAGGGGAGUUGGUUAGAUCAUCAACUCGCACGAAGGCUUCAUUCUUGAGACAGGAGUUUAUUGAGGAGUUGGAUCCUCGUCGCACAUUGCGCGAAGAGUUUACGUCUGCAUUCGUGGAAGAGCAAACGCUGCUAUCAGAAUACAAAACUUGCGAAAAGCAUAUAUCCGAUGCAGGUGAUGAUCUUGACAAGCUAGAAGUGUUACUCAAUCGUUUGGAAGACCUGCGACAGAAAUGUGAUGAUAAAGGCGCGUGGAAUCUUGAAGCAAGAAUCGAUAAGGUAAUGCCAGGAUUGGGUUUUACGGAAGAUGACAAUGACAAACUUGUCGCGGCAUUCUCCGGCGGUUGGAAGGUUCGAAUUGGCUUAGGCAAGGUCCUUCUUCAAGAUCCAGACCUCCUAUUGCUCGACGAGCCGUCUAACCAUCUCGACAACGAGUCCGUUGAAUGGCUUGAAGCUUUUCUCCAAGCGUCAAACCUGCCAAUGGUUGUGGUCUCUCAUGACCGGGAGUUCCUAGAUCGAGUAUGCACAAAGAUCGUAGAGAUUGAAGGAGGGGAGGCAUUUGAGUAUCCAGGAAAUUACUCUACGUAUGUCAAACUAAAAAAAAGACAGCGAAAAGCAUGGGAGGCGGCAUUCGAAAGGCAACAAAAAUUCCUUAAGGAACAGGAGAAUUAUAUCAAGAGAAACAGACGUACGCCUGCCCGCUCAAGUCAAGUCAAAAGCCGUGAGAAGAUGCUCAAGCGCAUGGAGAAAACUGGACAACUCGUGCGAAGACCGCCGAGGCAGGGAAAGCCACUCGUCUUCCGGUUUCCUCCAGCACCUCGCUCCGGACGAGACUGUGUCAUCGUUGACGAGGUCACUCACGGAUAUGAGGGUAGAGCUCUAUUCAAGGACGCAUCUAUUGCAAUAGAACGAGGUGAUCGUAUUGCGCUCAUCGGCCCGAACGGAGCGGGCAAGAGCACUCUUCUACGAAUGAUUACAGGAAAGGAAGACCCUCAAGAGGGAACGGUACAAUGCCAGGGUCUUACAAACAUCGCCCUUGCCUACUACGAACAGAACCAGGCCGAUGCGCUUGAGCUCAACGUCACUGUUCUCGACACCCUAAGGCAGGCUGCACCUACUGAGAUGCGGUAUGAGGAAAUUCGCGCUUUGCUGGGCAAAUUCCUCUUCAAGGGAGAUGACGUCGAGAAGAAGGUUGCGGCUUUGAGUGGUGGUGAGAAGGCUCGCUUGGCCCUCGCAAAAAUUAUGCUAGAACCAUCCAAUGUCCUUGUGCUUGACGAGCCGGGAAAUCAUCUAUCCAUUUCAGCAAAAGAAAUGCUGGAGGAAGCACUACAAAAUUUCGACGGCACCUUGCUGCUAGUAAGCCAUGACCGAUACUUGAUUUCCCAAGUUGCUACACAAAUCUUGGCAAUCGAAGAGCAAGAGCUGGUCUUGUACGAUGGAGACUACAAGUCCUAUAUGGAAAAGAAUUCUGAACUGAGGGAAAGGUUACAGGCUAGGUUUAUUCCUGGGGUGGCAGAGAUCAAGAAUGCUCCUAAGAUUGUGUUACAAGAACCGGCAGAAAUGCUUGACAAGAAGCAGAAGCGAAAGAAGAAUUUUGGAGGAAGCGGGGUUAAUAGCGGGAAGACAAAGGAAAUGAACGCGAAGCGCUGGAACCGAACGUAGAAAUAAGUGUUUCCUUUUGUUACGUCAUUAUUACAAAGGUCACCGAGAAAUAAAUUAUAGGGGGCAUCUUUUUAAGCGUUACGGUA